CAAUAAAACCCCACAGCGCUAGAAAUGGGGAGAGAAAUCAUCAGUCUCUCAGUCGGUCAGGCCGGAAACCAAAUCGGGACAGCUUUUUGGGAAACCGUUUUGGCGGAACAUGGUUUAGAUCUGAGUGGGAAAUAUAUAGGCAAUGACCCACAACAACUCGCCAAAGUCGAUGUAUAUUUCACUGAAGCUUCAAAUAAAAAAUAUGUACCGAGAUCGAUCCAAGUCGAUCUCGAACCUGGAGUGGUGGAUUUGGUCCGAGCGGGGAAUAUGGCAAAUCUUUUCCGACCAGAGACGUUUGUUCAUGGUGAAAGUGGGGCGGGGAAUAACUGGGCGAAGGGGUAUUACACCGAAGGUGCUGAACUUGUGGAAAGCAUCCAAGAUGUAUUAAGACAACAAGCUGAGAAUUCUGAUUCCCUCCAAGGAUUUCAACUCAUACAUUCUCUUGGUGGGGGUACUGGUUCAGGUCUUGGUGCUUUGCUAUUAGGGAAAAUAAGGGAAGAAUACCCAGAUCGGAUGUUGGCAACCUUCUCCAUAUUCCCCUCCCCUAAAGUUUCCGAAACGGUGGUGGAACCAUACAACGCCGUGUUAUCCACUAACAUGUUGGUGGAGAAUGCCGAUAUCACAUGUUGUAUAGACAACGAAGCUUUGUAUAAUAUAUGCGAAGCGGAGUUGAAGAUAAAAAUGCCACGGUACAAGGACUUGAAUUCUCUGGUGGCAAAGGUCAUGUCUGGAUUCACUAGUACGUUACGAUUCCCUGGUGUGCUCAACUCCGAUCUUCGAAAACUCGCCGUGAACAUGGUCCCAUUCCCUCGACUUCACUUCUUCACCACCGGUUACGCCCCCUUAGUUUCCACGUCCACAAGACAAUAUACCGCUUCGAAUGUUCACGAGCUCACAGCGGCUAUUUUCCAACGCAAGAGUUUGAUGGCGGCUAUCGAUCCUGCUUUGGGUAAAUACUUGACUGUAGCAGUGGCAUAUAGGGGAAAGAUGAGUAUGAGGGAUAUCGAGACUGGAGUGUGGGAAUUUCAAAAUCGCAAUUCUGCUCAUUUCGUACCAUGGAUUCCCAACUCCGCCCUGACAACAUUAUGCACCGUUCCACCCGUCGGUCUACCCGCUUCCGCGACACUCGUAGCGAAUACCACGGCCAUUUCCGAGGUAUUCAAACGUUCGCAUAAUCAAUUCCGUCAAUUAUUCAAAAGAAGAGCGUUCUUGCAUUGGUACACUGGUGAAGGGAUGGACGAGAUGGAGUUUCAAGAAGCAGAGGCCAAUUUGGCUGAUGUGUGUAAUGAGUAUGAUCAAUACGCAAACGCCGAUAUGGAUGAAGAAGAAGAAUACGAAGCUCAAGAGGUGAUAGUGGAGAAUGAAGAGUCGUAUGCUGAAUAACGUAUAAAUGGUCAAGUGGCUCGUGGUGCGGAUGGAGAAGACUUGAAAAGGUUAUCUAUCUACGUAUAUCCAUUUGUCUAUCUCACUCUAGUAGAUUUUGGUGUAAUGCAGUUGUUAUUGGACUUU